AGCCAUUUGAGUGUCUGCAGACAUUUUCUCGGGAAACAGGCACACACGCAAGACACAGAGUUACGACACAGAACUCUGUCUUGUGUUUGGAGAGGACGAUAUCAAAUGGCGGGGGAUCAACUGCAAGUGCUAAACGCGCUUGAUGUCGCCAAAACGCAAUGGUACCAUUUCACAGCGAUCAUCAUCGCGGGAAUGGGAUUCUUCACCGACGCUUACGAUCUCUUCUGCAUCUCUCUCGUGACCAAGCUCCUUGGUCGGAUCUAUUACCACGUCGACGGUGCCAAGAAACCCGGAACGCUGCCGCCCAACGUAUCCGCCGCGGUUAACGGCGUCGCGUUCUGCGGAACGCUGGCGGGUCAGCUCUUCUUCGGAUGGCUCGGCGACAAGAUGGGGAGGAAGAAAGUGUAUGGGAUGACUCUGAUGCUUAUGGUCAUCUGUUCCAUCGCUUCUGGUUUGUCCUUCGGACAGGACGCCAAGUCUGUCAUGGCCACUCUCUGCUUCUUCCGCUUCUGGCUCGGAUUCGGCAUCGGUGGAGAUUACCCUUUGUCUGCAACUAUCAUGUCCGAGUACGCCAACAAGAAAACUCGCGGCGCGUUUAUCGCCGCUGUUUUCGCCAUGCAAGGGUUCGGAAUCAUGGCCGGUGGGAUUUUCGCGAUCAUCAUCGCGGCUGCAUUUGAGGCGCGUUUUCCAUCUCCGGCCUAUGAAAUCGACGCGAUUGCAUCGACUGUUCCUCAGGCGGAUUACGUUUGGAGAAUCAUUCUGAUGGUCGGAGCUUUGCCGGCGGCUAUGACGUAUUACUGGCGUUUGAAAAUGCCCGAAACCGCGCGGUACACUGCGUUAGUCGCAAAGGACGUGAAGCAAGCGACUUCGGACAUGUCAAAGGUUCUGCAAGUGGAGAUGGAAACACAACAAGUCAAGGGGGAAGAGGUUUCGCAAGAAAAGGCCAACGCUUUUGGCUUGUUCUCUGCGGAAUUCCUCCGCCGACACGGGCUUCACUUGCUCGGGACAGCAAGCACUUGGUUCUUGCUCGACAUCGCUUUCUACAGCCAGAACCUUUUCCAGAAGGACAUUUUCAGCGCGAUCGGAUGGAUUCCUCCGUCCCCGACGAUGAACGCCAUCCAAGAAGUCUUCAGAAUCGCUCGUGCGCAAACCCUGAUCGCGUUGUGCAGUACCGUCCCUGGUUACUGGUUCACUGUGGCAUUCAUCGAUAUCAUCGGAAGGUUUGCCAUCCAGCUGAUGGGUUUCUUCUUCAUGACGGUAUUCAUGUUCGCGCUGGCCAUCCCUUACAACCACUGGACUCACAAGGACAACAGGAUCGGGUUCGUGAUCAUGUACUCACUGACCUUCUUCUUCGCCAACUUUGGACCUAAUGCCACGACCUUUGUUGUACCGGCUGAGAUCUUCCCCGCGAGAUUCAGGUCAACCUGCCACGGAAUCUCGGCCGCUGCGGGUAAAUUGGGAGCCAUGGUUGGAGCAUUCGGGUUCUUGUAUUUGGCUCAGAGCCCAGACAAGACAAAGACCGAUGCUGGAUACCCUCCUGGUAUUGGCGUCAGGAACUCUCUCCUCCUGUUGGGUGUUGUCAACUUCUUGGGAAUGAUUUUCACUUUCCUCGUCCCUGAAUCCAAAGGCAAGUCUCUCGAGGAGAUGUCCCGGGAAAACGACGAGAGCGGUGGCAGCAACACUAAAACUGUUCCGGUCGUAUAAUCUCCGACCGCAUUGCAUUUUUCCGUUUCCGGUGUCUGGCGAUCCAUACAAGAUUUAGGUGAUAACGCUUAAGGUUUUCGCAAUGGUUUUUUUGUUCGCACUCCUUUGUUUUUCUGCUCUCUGGUGAAUUCUUUACUGUCUUUUUUUUU